AGUUUCUCCCCGCCCGUACCCUCCCUUUCUUACUCAUCAAUGUUUCACAGCUAAUAGACGUGUAUUUGUUUUUCUCGUGCUAUUAUUGCGUUCAGGAUGGGUUUCUAGUUCCAAAACAUUUGCACACCCGCGUGUGCCUUCACACCCGUACUCAAAAUGCUAGCCAAGAUGGCGCCCUCACCGGACUACAUCGUCCCUCGACCACUAUCAUCAUCACUUUUGGACUCUGAUCUCAGCCGGCUUGUACCUAUACCCUUGAAUAUCAACAACAUCAACAAUGAGUGCAAGCCUAUGGGACCAGUCGUUGGCUUCGGCCAAUGGCCUGCUUACUAAUGAAGAAUGUGCCAAGCUGCUCGAUUACGACAUCUUCAAUGAUGACGAUCUGCUCAAGUCUCUCCAGGCCGCUCCGAAGCUGGAAGCGAGCCACUUCGCGCUGCAGGAUGACCACAUCACGCUGUACCCGCCCUCGCCGCCCGACACCAAGCCCAAUCCCGCCGAGCUGGCCAACGACAUCCUGCAGCAGCUCGACAACCAAUGCAAACAGGAGAACAUCUUCUCGAACUGGCUGGAGGAGAAGGUAGAGUUGCCCAUUUUCGAGAAUAUCUCUCAGGUUCCGGAGCGCGUGGAACUCCCGCCCCAGCCGUUGAGCAUUCCGAUUCCGGUCCCGGCUUACGGCGCGCCUCAGCCUACCGAGGAGCUGCUGCGGGAGUUCGAGACGGUGUACGACGCGGUGGAGCUGACGCACUUGACGCCGCCGCAGAGCCCGCCCGGGCCCGCCACGCAGCUGCUGCUCAGCUACGCACAGCAAGCGCAGUGCGCCCCGCCGCUGCCUGCGCUGCCCGUACCGCAAACCCACACCUGGCCCGUGGCCGCCUCUCUGGCGGAGUACGACUGCGACCUCCAGGCGGUGGAAGAUCUCGUCCGCCACCGCGCGGCUCAGCUCCCGUCUCCCGCACCCUUUGUCGACAGCUCGAACGCGUCCCCUCGUUCCUCUCCCCCUUCCUCCCCUCGCUCGUCCUCCACCGACGAGGACUGGCCGGCUCCUUCUUCGCGAUCUAAACCAUACUCGCGACCUUCUGACGAUCGCCGUUCCCGCAAAAAGGAGCAGAAUAAAAACGCCGCUACUCGCUAUCGUCAGAAAAAGAAGGCCGAAAUCGAAGUUCUCCUGAACGAGGAGAGCGCCCUGCGCCAGCGCCACACCGAACUCGGCGAAAAGUGCUCCGAUUUGCAGCGUGAGAUCCGCUACAUCAAGGGCCUCAUGCGCGAUCUCUUUAAGGCCAAAGGGCUUAUCAAAUAGAUGCGUGUUCUCCGCCACCUACAGGGAAAGAUUUUUAAUUUUCACCGCGCACUAAACGGAGUGCGCUUUAAAAGAAUGAUUUUUAAAGAAAAGGAGUAAAUUACGAUGAUUUUUUAUAUUUUUGUUUUAAGUAAUAAGUCGUUCGUAUCGUUAAGAUGAGCAGAUUGAAUCAUAUAUCGAGCAGCUUUUGGUACUCACAAUGUUUGGCGAAGGACCCAUAUAUAACACCUUCAGAGCAAUCACAGGUGGCGCCACAUCAUCUUACAUCAUAUUUCAUUAUCAUGUCAUCAUAUCAUAUAGAGGAUAGGUCGCAGUUGUUGUAAUGAAAAUAUAUAUUUUUUUAUUUUGUUCUUUUUGAGAAGCAUUUAUUGUAUUUUUAAAUUUUGCCAUGGGAUAAUAAUAAUAAUAAAUUUGUUUUACAAUGUAAUUACUGGAAUGUUAUGUUUUCUUUACAAAUAAAUGGAUUGCGACGGCGGAAUAA